AUGUCGACGACCGGCGAGAUUCCGACCCACACUUCGGCCACUUCUCCAUCAAACCAGCCGACAAAGCGUGACCGCAGGCCUCGCUAUCAUGUGCAACAGGUUAGAGAAAGCCUGACCAAACGUGUAGUCAAGUGCUUGUGUGGAACAUUAUUAACUCUGCUUCUGGUGGUGGGAAUCCUCGGUUUCAUCUUGUGGUUGAGCCUCCGACCACACCGACCGAGAUUUCACUCGACAAAUUUCUUAUUCCCAGCUUUGGCCCAAGAUAACGGUUUCGAUAACGCUCAGAUAACGUUUAACGUUACGAUACGAAACCCUAACCAGAAUAUGGGAGUUUAUUACUAUUCCAUGGAAGGUGAAGUGUAUUAUAGGGAACAACGUAUCGGAGCGACGCCGUUAUCGUUACCCUCAUCGUUCCCGUACUAUCAGGAGUCGAAGAGCACGAUUUGGAUACCAGGGCAGUUGAGUGUACCCACCACGUUGGUGGUGAACGAUUUGAGGUGGACGGAGUUAAUGGAGGAUCGGGCGACGGGGACGGUUUGGUUCCGGCUGGAGCUGACGUCAAGAAUCCGGUUCAAGAUUUCCAUGUGGGAAAGUAAACCCCAUAGGAUGCAUGCCACCUGUCAUGUUGCGGUGGGACAGGACGGUCUGAUCUUGCCCGUCUCCAAAGGCAAGAGAUACACACUUUAUUUCAGCUGAUGUGGAU